UAGGGGGCGUGGUCAGGAAGUGACAUGGCCGCCUCCUUAUAGGGAACGCCUUCGUCUUUCUCCGGUGACUUCUUCGUUAAGUUACUUUGCCCUUUUCCGGACAAAGUUUGAGGCACAUUUACCGGGACAUCGCCCUGCGGAGCUCAGCAUGGGCACCGUCCACGCCAGGAGCCUGGACCCUCUGCCCAUGCACGGGCCGGAGUUGGGGGUUCACGCAGACGACAUGGAGGCUCCAGAGACGGAGCACGGGCCCAAGCAGGAGGUUCUUGAGAACAAGGAUGUGGUAGUGCAGCGGGUGCACAUAGACGGACUGGGAAGAACCAAAGAGGAUUUUUUAACUUGUGAAAUCGCUGAGGUUUUCCGAGCCGGGAACUUGAUCGAUGUGAUGCGAAGAUCGCACGAUGCCCGGCAGAAGCUUCUGCGUCUCGGCAUCUUCCGAAAAGUGGAGGUUGUUAUCGACACCUCCCGAGGUGAACAUGCGCUUCCAAAUGGCCUUGAUGUGACCUUUGAGGUCACUGAGCUCAGACGCGUGACGGGCAGCUACAACACCAUGGUUGGAAACAAUGAAGGCAGUAUGGUGAGGUUUGAGCCACAGAUCUGGACCUGUCACUGUGGCAUCAGUGUUUCUAUAAUGAUCCUCCUCCUCAGAACGGGUGAAGGUCCAGAUCCUCACGUGCUCUCGUUACAGGUUCUAGGACUGAAGCUGCCAAACGUAUUUGGUCGAGCAGAGAAGCUGACCUUUCAGUUCUCCUACGGCACCAAAGAGACAUCCUAUGGUUUGUCUUUCUUCAAACCUCAACCAGGGAGAUUUGAACGCAAUGUGUCCGUCAGCUUGUACAAGGUAACGGGUCAGUUUCCUUGGAGCUCGCUGAGGGAGACGGAUCGAGGCGUCUCGGCAGAACUAAGCUUCCCCGUGUGGACGACCAGGCACACGGUGAAGUGGGAGGGCGUCUGGAGAGAGCUGGGCUGCCUGGCCCGCACCGCCUCCUUCGCUGUCCGGCAGGAGAGCGGCCAUUCCCUCAAGUCCUCCCUCUCGCACGCUAUGGUGGUCGACACCCGGAACUCCUCCAUCCUGCCCCGUAGAGGCGGCCUUUUAAAGAUCCAUCAGGAACUUGCUGGUUACACUGGAGGAGAUGCCAGCUUCCUGAAGGAGGACUUUGAGCUCCAGCUCAACAAAACGCUCUUCUGGGACUCGGUCCUUUCUGCCUCCCUGUGGGGUGGUUUGCUCCUGCCCAUUGGAGACAAGCCAACGAACAUAGCAGACAGGUUUUACCUCGGUGGCCCCACCAGUAUCAGGGGAUUCAGUAUGUACAGUAUGGGACCUCAGAGUGAAGGCGACUUCCUGGGAGGAGAGGCCUACUGGGCCGGAGGCCUCCACCUCUACACGCCGCUGCCCUUCAGACCCGGCAGGGCCAGCUUUGGGGACCUCUUCAGAACCCACUUCUUCCUCAAUGCUGGAAACCUGUGUAACCUCAGCUACGGUGAGGGCCCACAGGCUCAUUUGAAGAAACUGGCCGAAUGCAUCCGUUGGUCGUAUGGACUGGGUCUUGUGCUGCGCUUGGGGAACAUUGCCAGACUGGAGCUGAAUUACUGCAUUCCCAUGGGGGUCCAGAGUGGAGACAGAAUAUGUGAUGGGGUCCAGUUUGGAGCAGGAAUCAGAUUCCUGUGAAACCUUAAUUUUUGCGAGCUUUCUUGUAUUUUAAUGCAAACUUCUUGCCAAACUGGAAGGCGAAACUAUUUGUACAGAGCUGUUGUUGCAACUAUAAAAAAGCUCAAUAAAAAGGUUUUCACCUGA